AUGGCAGAACAAGAGAGUAUUAUUCCCAACCUUCCUAGGAUCGAGAUAGAGUUCUGCACAGCUUGCAGAUGGACUCUGCGUGCUGGAUGGGUGGCUCAGGAACUGUUGAUCACGUUCGGCGACAAGAUUGGCGAAGUUGCGUUGGUUCCUGGGAAGACUAACGCUGUCUUCAAAGUGGUUGUCAAUAGUGUUGUAGUAUGGGACAGAAAGCAAGCCGGACGAUUUCCUGAACUCAAGGAAUUGAAACAAUUAAUACGGGACUUGAUAGCUCCCGGUAUGGCCCUUGGUCAUAGCGAUUCGAUCAAAAAGGAAAAAGUUGAAGGAAAGGGAAACGAGCAAGUUGGAGCAACAACGGCAGACGCAAAGGAAGCGGCGAAAGCUCCGAAAUGCGAAGAAUGUUAA